CUGUCUGUCUGCAGUGACACUGGUGGAAUCUGAAGGGAUUCAAAGCAAAGCUGAAGAGUGAAGAAUGGUCCAUGGCAGCAAUGCAUGUGAAAUCCCAGGCAGGCGCGGCCAGUGUGAUUCCCAUGCUGAUGGGCAUGAGGCAGAGGAGCACGACCUUCAUUGUGGACACCUCAGAGGGGAUGAGUGCCAUGCUGGGCCCAGUCAAGAACCUGCUAAUACAGGCCCUGUUGGCCAAGGCAUCGCUACGGGACUCUCUCUUCAACAUCAUCAGCUACUCAUAUAAGGUAACCAAAUGGCAGCCUGUGUGUGUCAGCUGUGCGCCUGACACGGUGUUUGAGGCCCUGGGCUGGGUCCACUCCCUCAGCACGUGUCCCGGCAGUGACCUCCUGACCGCCCUGGAGGCCGCUCUCUCAGAUCCUCAGUGCCACAGCGUCCACUUGCUGACGAGCGCGUUGCCCGACCACCCAGAGCUCUUCCUCAGGGGCCUGUCCAGCUUCACCAGCCGCACGCUGCCACGGCGCCCGGUGCACGUGUUCUUCCUGUCCCACCGCCCCGAGCUGGACAGCAGGACUUUGGACUUCCUGCAGUGUCUGACUUCGGCCACUGGAGGGAGCUGCCGCCUGCUGUUGCUCGGCUCUACUGGGUCCAUAGACAAGGUAUCGAUGCUGUUUGCGGUGGACAACAUCAUCAGUGACCUCAGCAGCUCGGUGGACAGCGGCUAUAGCUCAGCGAGACCACAGACGCCCGCUGCUCACGCCACGCCAGUCUCCACUCACAUAGUUCAUCAGGGAAAUGCCUUCAGCCCCGUAGUGACGUUGUGUGGGGCGGACAGUGUUGCCGGCUGCUCCCUGUUCUACCCGGGGUGCCGCGUACUCGCCAGGAGGGAGCAGGACGGACUCUACUACCUCGGGACCAUCACACAGCAAAUACUGGACCACAGAGGCGUGUUCCUAGUGGAGUUUGACCAGCAGGAUCCAGUGAAGCCCCCUCCUCCCGAAUCCUCCUCCACCUGCUCCGCCCCCCACCAGCUGGUGUGCCCUCCUGACAUGGUGCACCACACGCGUGCCCACGCCCACAGCCUGAUGCCAGGGGACGCCCUCCUGGUGCCGUGGGGUCCGGACCUGCGGAGGUACGGGCCGGGACGGGUACUGACCGGCUGCGAACCGAGGGAUCCACUCAGAGUGGCCUUAAGGACUCCCCUCAGGCUUCUGUUCUGGAAUGGAGUGGAGACGAGCGUUCCACCGGAGCUGGCCGUGUGGAUCUCUCCAUCCCAGUACGAGCACAUUGUGAGGCAGCUCCAACACCCGCCAAUACACACCACAUACACCCAGCACUCCCCAUACGCCAUACACACACUACACACUCCUCACACACUACUACACACUACUACACACUGUGGUCCUCCAACAUGCUGUCACGUUUGCUCUGCUGUCAGCUGCUACUGCUACUGCUGCUCCCCCAACCACCCAGCAGCAGCAGCAGCAUUCCAUUGCCACGGCAACCGCUGCCCGGCAACACCACUGAGGUCCUUGGGUCUCCCGGGCGACGCCCACUUCUUGUCAGAGGGGAGGAGCCAGAGAGAGGAGCUGGACAGGAAGGUGGAGCUUCAGCUGCGAGACCUGGUGAACACGUCUCCCCUCACCCCCAUGGCAGCUAGACCUCCGCUAUUACCCUGCCCUGAUGAGGAGACCCAAUACAGGGGAGACGAGGAGGAGGAGGAGGAGGAGGAAGAGCAGGGGGGAAAGGGCAAGCUGGAGCUGGUCAGCCAGGCGGUGAAUACGGACCGGUCAUUCCUGAGCAGAACCAGAAGUGGGUACCAGGAGCGGCCCAGCUGGAGGUACUGGAGGAGAAGUCCGGCGGAGCCCAAUCACAAGAAACCAGGGCUGGUGGUGACAACUACAAGAAGUGCCUGGCCCUUGAGCGUCUGUUCCCCUGAGCUUCUCCCGACCAGCGUCCCCGUGAUGAACCAGAGCUCAGUGUUUGACAAGAUCCCCGGCUCGGCAGGGAGGAAGGCUACAAUUCAGGAGAUAUUCAGGCUCACACAGACCACACUACCCACGGCAGCCGGCCAGUAGCCUACACACACACAGCUCAAACUACACACCACGGCAUAAGUGUGUGUGUCGAUUAUAUAGCGUUUAUAUUUUCCCUUAGUGUAGGAGCAUGCCCCCCUGAAAUACACUUCGCCACCCCAAGAAUAAAUGUCUGCAACCGCCCCUGAACUACACACAGCCCAAAAUACACACACAGCAGCCCAAACUACACACACACGCCAGCCAGUAGCCUACACACAGCCCAAACUGCACAACAGCCCAAACUACACACAGCAGCCCAAACUACACACAGCAGCCCAAACUACA